AUGACCCUGGUGAGAAUUCCGGGCUAUAACCCCGCCCAUGACGGGGCUUCCCUUCGCCAAGAUGCAUGGGCUCGGCAACGACUUCGUCGUGUUCGAUGCGCGCCGCACGCCGCUCGCGCUCGAUGGCGCGCGCGUGCGCGCCAUUGCCGACAGGCGACCGGCGUCGGCUGCGAUCAGGUGAUCGUCGUGGAGCCGCCGCGCAACGGCGGGACGGACGCCUAUCUCAGAUUCUGGAACCAGGACGGCGGCGAGGUCGCAGCCUGCGGCAACGGUACCCGCUGCGCGGCCCGGCUGCUGCUGGACGAGACUGAGCAGACCAGCAUGAUUCUGGAAACCGACGCCGGCUGGCUCACCGCCGAGGAGGCCGGCGGGGGGCAGGUGCGCGUCGAUAUGGGGCCGGCACGGCUCGACUGGCGCGAUAUUCCCCUGGCCCGCGCAGCCGACACGCUCCAUGUCGCCGUGGGCGCCGGGCCGCUCGGCGACGCCGUGGCGGUCAACAUGGGCAACCCGCACGCGGUGUUCUUCGUGGACGACGCCGAUGCCGUACCCCUGGAGGCGCUCGGACCUGGCCUGGAGAUCGAUCCGCUCUUCCCCGAGCACGCGAAUAUCGGCGUUGCCCAGCGGCUCGCCGAUGACCGCCUGCGGCUCCGGGUGUGGGAGCGCGGCGCGGGCCUCACACAAGCGUGCGGCACGGGCGCCUGCGCUGCGGCGGUCGCCGGCGCGCGGCGAGGGCUCACCGGACGCAGCGUCACGGUCGUUCUCGACGGCGGCGAGUUGGGGAUCCUUUGGCGCGAGGACGGCCAUGUCGAGAUGACCGGCCCCACCGCAGCGAGUUUUUCGGGCGUGCUGCCAGGAUGA